AUGGGUAUCGUAGAGAACGUUGAGAACCUGAUACACAAAGCUGAAGAUGCCAUAAUAAAGCAUCAUGAUCAAAAACACUCUCAUCUUCAUCGUCCCUCCAACGAACCUGGUUCCGAAGGAGGAGAAAUCGAUGCCAAUCGUGGUAAUCCUUUCUCCGUAGGAGGAGAAGGUGGAGUUAGAGGUGGAAGUGAUGGAUUCAACUUUCCACCAGAAAGUGGAAAUGGUCAAUUACAUCUAGGACCUGGACCUGUUAAACUUCCACCAAACCAAGGUGAAAAUCCCCUUCCCAUGGGACCCGGACCCGUUAAACUUCCUCCACACGAAGGUAGUGCUCCUAUGGGACCAGGACCCGUUAAACCUCCUCCGACCGAAGGUGAAAACCCCCUUCCUAUGGGACCAGGACCUGUCAGACUUCCUCCAACCGAAGGUUCUCUUCCUAUGGGACCAGGACCUGUCAGACUUCCUCCAAACCAAGGUGAAACCCCAAUUCCUCUCGGUCCAGGACCAGUAAUCAUUCCAAACGAACCUACUCGUCCUAACAACACUCCCGGAUCGGAAGGUGGUGAAACUGGAGGUAGCAAGAAUAUGUGA